AUGGACCACGUUAAAGUAAUUAUUGUUGGAGGUGGUGUAGCAGGUUUGGCAGCUGCAAAAACCUUAGGAUGCGAUGUAAAUUAUGUAUUGGUUGAAGCACAAAAUUAUCUUGGUGGUCGUAUUCUUACUGUUGAUCCAGCACCAAAUCUUACAGUUGAUUUGGGUGCUCAAUAUGUACAUGGUGAUAAGAAAAAUGCUGUGUAUGAUAUUUGUGAUGAAUUGGAUAUUCUUUUGUCAGAUGAUGAAGAAUCUGAUGAUGAGGCAUUGGUUGUUACAACUGAAGGAAAAAAUUUUAAACCUGAAGUACUAGAAAAAGUCACUGAUUUAUGGGAACGAGCAAGAGAUAAAGCUGAAGAAAAAUAUGAAGAUCAAGCAACAUCAUCAUCACCUAUAUCAUUUGCUGAUAUUGUACCAAAAGAAUUUCAAAAACGGCUAUCAUCUUCUUCAUUUAUUUCCAAAGAUUUAAUUCGACCUAUUGUUGAUUAUUUUAUGAAAUUAGAAAUGACAGAAACUAGUUGUUCUUCAUUAUCUGAUUUAAACCUAAUUGAAUAUCUUGCCUAUGAAGAUCUGGAAGGUGAAUAUGAAAAUGAUUUAAAAAAUGGUGGAUAUCGUCCAUUUAUUAAUUAUUUAAAAUCUUUCAUACCCAAUGAUAAUCGUAUUCGUUUGAAUUGUGAAGUAACACGAGUAAAAUUUAUUGAAGAUGAUCAAAAAUUAUUAGUUGAAAUGAAUUAUCUAAAUGAACACCGUAUGAAAACAAUGAUGUGUGAUCAUAUUAUUUGGACGACUUCAUUAGGCCACUUGAAAAAGAAUUUUCAUACGAUAUUUGCUGAAGAACCAAAAUUAAUUCAACAAAAACAAAAUUCUAUUGCUAAUUUAGGUUUUGGUACAGUUAACAAAGUAAGAUUACAUACGAUUUGA